AUGAACCGUGGCCAGCUUAUCGCUUCACUCCUCAAGUCAAAGCUCGGUUCAAACGAGACAGCUGGAAUGAGCUACGGUUACACUGGCUAUCCCGACUCGGCCUAUGGAACAGCAUCGCGAGGAAGCAAUUACUACUCCGGCGUUUAUAAUAACUCCUCAUCGUCGUAUCCUAGCUCGAGUCUUAUCAAUUCUUCCCCCACAGGAGGCCUCGCAGCUUCGUCACAGUAUGCAGCUUUUGCCCAGUCUGGCUACCCGCCACUUGGAUUCACGGACAACCCAUUCGAUAGUGGGCUCCUGCCAGACUCAAAGGGCAAAAAGAAGAAGAUGCGAAAACCACGAACGAUUUACAGUUCACUUCAACUCCAGGAGCUGAACAAACGCUUCAAUCAAACGCAAUAUCUGGCAUUGCCGGAACGUGCUGAGCUGGCCGCUUCGCUCGGGCUCACACAGACACAGGUCAAAAUCUGGUUUCAAAACAGACGAUCCAAAUACAAAAAGCUGAUGAAGCAAGGAGGAGUUUCAGUCAAAGUCGAAAAUGAUGGUGGAAGUGGCGCUGGAUCUGAUAAUGAAGGCGGACCUAAUGGUGAUGAUGAUGAGGAAGAUCAGUCUGAACACUCCUCCCCCAACGCCUCUUCUCUUCUGAAUCAAUCCAACGGUCUCAUGCCCCGCUCACCCGGCUCCAACCUCGGCGUCCCGUCAAUGCCCUCUGGAUCACCAACAGCCGGUCUCCCUGGCCUGACAGCAUCAGCAACAGCUUCUCGUUUGGAACAAGAAGCUCUCCAGCACCAAGUUCAAUCAGAAGCUGUUUCUGCCAGUGUCGCCGGUGUUCUCGCCAAUGGCUUGAGUUCCACGCACGUUCCUACCGUCACCUCUCCCGACAGUCAUGCCGACAACUCGCCUACCUAUUCGGCUACAGCGGCUAGCACCGGCAUCCCCACGCUUACUGGUAGCAUCGCCAAUCAAAUCAGCGACUCUGGAUUGACCGGAUCAGUUGCGGCUCUCCUGACGCAUCGUCAAUCGACUCAAAAUCCUUCAUCUCCACAUCCGCCGCGCUCAACCCUGCCAGCCUCCUUCCCAGUUCCUACACCUCCUCAGUGGACUUCUCCUCCCACGCGGUGGGCGGCCUCCCGACGAGUCUGUCCUGGGCGGCUGGCUGGCCCCAACAAGCUUAUUACAAGCAAUAAGAAGGAGCUACAAUAA